AUGUCGCGCUUCGCCAACCUCGCCGCCCGCGCCUCGGCGUCGGUGGCCAGCAACCUGACGGCCGCGCACGAGGCGCUGCCGCUCAAGGGCGCUGCUUCGCCGCGCGCCAGCCUCUUCUUCCCGCCCGCCGAGCCGCUGACGGUGGCGCUGGCCGUGCUGGCCGUCGUCGCGUCGGCGCUCAUCUACGAGCAGCUCAACUACCAGCGCAAGAAGGCCGGCCUGCCCGGCCCGCGCUGGACCAUCCCCGUCAUCGGCAAGUUUGCCGACAGCCUCAACCCCAGCCUGGAAAAGUACAUGGAGGGCUGGAACAGCGGCCCGCUGAGCGUCGCCAGCGUCUUCCACAUCUUCAUCGUCAUUGCCUCGUCGACGGAGCACACGCGCAAGAUCCUCAACAGCCCCGCAUACACGGAGCCGUGCCUCGUCGCCAGCGCCAAGAAGGUGCUGUGCCACGACAACUGGGUGUUCCUCAACGGCAAGCGCCACGUCGACUACCGCAAGGGCCUCAACACGCUCUUCACGCGCAAGGCGCUCAGCGUGUACCUGCCCAUCCAGGAGAACAUCUACCGGCAGCACUUCAACCAGUGGCUCAGCGACCCGGCGACGAAGCCGCAGCCGUACAUGAUGCAGUUCCGCGACCUCAACAUGGAGACGUCGCUGCGCGUCUUCUGUGGCGACUACAUCAGCGAGGAGGGCGCCAAGGAGGUGUCGGACAACUACUGGCUCAUCACCGUCGCGCUCGAGCUCGUCAACUUCCCCUUUGCCUUUCCGGGCACCAAGGUGUACAAGGCGAUCCAGGCGCGCAAGACGGCGAUGAAGUGGUUCGAGCACACGGCGCGCGAGAGCAAGAAGCGCAUGGCCGACGGCGGCGAGGUCAAGUGCCUCACGGACGCCUGGAUCAAGGCCAUGCUCGACGCCAAGGCCGGCCAGCUCGAGGGCGAGGAGCGCCGCGUGCUCGUGCGCGACUUUAGCGACCGCGAGAUUGGCAUGGUGCUGCUCUCGUUCCUCUUUGCCUCGCAGGACGCCAUGUCCUCCGGCCUCACCUACCUCUUCCAGCACAUGGCCGACCGCCCGGACAUUUUGCGCAAGGUGCGCGAGGAGCAGUACCGGCUGCGCGGCGACGACGUGACGGCGCCGCUGGAGCUCGAUGUGCUGGAGCAGAUGGAGUACACGCGCGUCGUCGUCAAGGAGUCGCUGCGCCUCAAGCCGCCGGUCAUCAUGGUGCCGUACCAGGCCAACAAGUCGUUCCCCAUCGACUCGGGCUACACGGUGCCCAAGGGCACCAUGGUCAUUCCCUCCUUCUGGAACGCCCUGCACGACGAGAAGGCCUACCCGAAGCCCGACGAGCUCAUUCCCGAGCGCUGGCUCGAGGGCCCCAACUCGCCCGCCGAGCAGAACCCCAAGAACUACCUCGUCUUUGGCAGCGGCCCACAUAACUGCAUCGGCCAGCAGUACGCGCUGCUGCACCUCACCGCCGUGCUCGGCACGGCGUCGGUGCUGAUGAACUGGGAGCACGAGGUGACGCCGCUGAGCGAGAAGGUCCGUGUCAUCGCCACCAUCUUCCCGCAAGACGGCGCACGGAUGAAGUUCACGCCGCGUGCGGCGCCCGCUCCAGGCACGGCACCAGAGGUGGCGGCCUCGGCAUGA